AUUACUCUGCAAUUCGACACUGUUUGUUCUUAGUCUCCCAAAGUCUUUGUUGUUAAGCAAUCCAGUCAUGGAGUCAGCCGAGUCUCCGUUUAGGAUAAUCCUGGGAUCGUCUUCAAUAGCCCGGCGGAAAAUUUUAGCUGAAAUGGGAUAUGAGUUCACCCUCAUGUCUGCAGAUAUAGAUGAGAAAAGCAUCCGAACCGAAAAACCAGAAGAGCUGGUGAUGGCUCUUGCAAAGGCAAAGGCUGAUGCCAUUGUGUCCAAGCUUCAAACUAGUGCUGACCAGGAGAAGGAUGCAAAGCCAAGUAUUUUAAUAGCAUCUGAUACAGCAGAAGGUAAUCCAAAGCUCCAAAUUGGUGAAGACAAGGAUGCUCAGCCAACACUACUAAUUACUUGUGACCAAGUGGUGGUCUAUGAAGGUACGAUAAGGGAAAAACCCGCCAAUGAUGAAGAAGCACGCCAAUUUAUCAAAGGUUAUUCUGGUAAGCAUGCAGCUACGGUUAGCUCUGUUUUUGUUACAAACCUGACGACUGGAUUCACAAAAGGGGAUUGCGACAAAGUCGAGAUUCAUUUCCAUGAUAUACCGGACCAUGUUAUUGAUAAGCUGCUGGAGGAGGGUCUCGUACUCAAUGUUGCUGGGGCGCUGAUUAUUGAACAUCCUUUAAUUGUUCCAUAUGUCAAAGAAUUGAUAGGGACAACUGAUAGCGUGAUGGGACUUCCUAAAGCCUUGACUCAAAACUUACUGAAGGAGGCUAUGAAGGCAUGAGUUUGCUAUUUUCGAAUUUUUGAUGGCCAGAAUAUUGAUGUCAAAAGUCGGGGUAUCAUAGUUUUGUUUCUAUAUACAAUGUUUAGUUGAUAUAUAUUGAUAAAAUCUUUCUGUUCGGACA